AUCACCACCGACCCCUCUCGACAUGAAGGACGAGCGGAAACCUGCAAAGACGGGCUCUGGCCGCGGAACCUACGCACGUCAGGCCUGCAACCACUGCCGCCGUCGCAAGAGUAAGUGCGAUGGCCAGCAGCCUGUGUGUGGACCUUGCCGUGACUCAGGUAGAGCCGACGAGUGUACCUGGGGACGGGAGACCGCGAAGAAAGCACGGACGCAGCAGCACUUUGAAAGCCUAGUGAAUCAUAUCAAGAGCCUCGAGGCCCGCGUCAAGGAACUUGAAAGUGAACUCUCUAGUUCUCGCAGUCAGACGCGUCGAUCGGGUUCUGUCUCUGAUGCGACCAGGCAGUCGUCGUCUCUUUCCCCUCACCCGUCCCCUGUCACCAAACUUGAAGAACACGAUGAUGGUAUACCACACGGAGACGAUGACUUGGAUUCGUCAGGCAACUCGGACGUAGACUCAGAGAUUGAGCGGCUCAUCGCGCCGACCAGGCAUCUCGUGCUGCAGAACGGUGACCUCGAACUGUACGGCCCGACGUCAGCGUAUCGCCUCGCGCCGGAACGAAAUGCAGACGGUCCCAGUCCGACAGAAAGCAAUACCCAGGUAGUGCAAGAAGCACCUGCUCCAGUCUUUGAGUGGAACCGCCAUUUACCACCGGAAGCCCCGUUGUCUCGCGUCGAGCACGAUAGACUACUGGAUCUCCUCUUCCGCUUUUGCACUUCAUGGUGCUUCCGCGUAAUCCCUACCCUGUUCUUGCGAGACAUGCAUCGCGCGCUCUCCGUCCCGCCCUCCGCGCCUCCACCACGACUCAGCCAUUAUUCCCCGAUGCUCCACAACGCGCUCCUCGCGCUCGCAACAGCAUAUUCAGACGAUCCGCGCGUUCACAAUAUCGAGUUUCGCCGACUAUUUGCGCGACGUGCCAAGAGCUAUCUCGAGAAGGACUGUCUUACGCCAAAUGUAUGCGUCGUCGGCGCAUUGAGUCUUCUCAGUACGUUCCAUUCAAGUAGAGGAGAACAAAGUUUAGGUUUCUUGUAUGCUGGUAUGGCUGGGCGAAUGACCCAAGCUCUUGGCCUACAAAUCGACUGUUCAGCGCUUGUCAAGUCUGCACGGAUAAAAGAGUCGGACAUGCAUAACCGCAAUUGGGCGUACUGGACGACCUUCUGCCAGGAUGUAUGUUGGUCGCUCUAUAUCGGACGCGACUGUGCCAUGGCACCACCCAAGGAGCCUGUCAUCCCUGUGCCGUUCGUCGACUCUGAGUUCGACCAUGAGCCAUGGGUCUGGGAGUCAUCCAGAUUGCCACCGCAAAAAAGCAACAUCGCCAGUGUCUUUCAAGCGACGUGCGAACUUUUGAGGAUAGGGCGGAGAGUUAUGGACUUCGUAAAUGGUCUAGGGACAGAUUUCCGGCAUCCAAACCUGCAGGUUGUCAGCGAACUUGACAUCGAGCUCAAUGCCUGGAAAGAUUCACUCCCACCUGAGGUCGAUCUCACGGCAGCAACUCGCCCUUCCGCGCUCCCGCACAGACUUACUGUGCACCUCAUGUUCUGGUGGCUAUUCAUCCUUCUACAUAGGCCGUUCUAUCGACGCGCGAAACCGGGGAACGUGGAUAUCGAUCAUGUGAAGCUCUGCAAUAGGGCCGCAGAGAAUAUGAUGCUUCUGCUUGGAAUAUGGCACAACAAUUAUGACCUCCGCUAUGUCUCGACCACCCAUGUCCAGUUCACUUUCUCUGCGGGUACUGUGUUCGUCCUCUCAGCCAUCCAGGCGAUUUCCGGUCCGCGGCUCGGGCGCGUCACACUGGCAUCGUCGCUCUCGCAGGUUGAAACAUGCCUGGAAUAUCUUUCCAUUAUUGGCCGCUCGUGGGAGACAGCUGAAUGCGCGCGCGAGAUUCUCCUGAACUUUUUCGACGAGACCCUGAAACCGCGCCUCCUUCUCCGCGGCGGUGACGCCAACCUCAAAUUUGAGCUGCAGAACGUCGAUAAGCGUGCACGUGCGCGAGCAAGCUCGAGUGCGUCCAGCAUUGGACGGAAAGGAAACGGGAGCGCGACCGACGAGUCCUCGGCGCCGUCAUUCACUUCUCCACCCGGACCGCUCUCCCCACCGAACGGCGCCCCGGGGAUGAACGAGCUGCAGUACUUCCCGGGUAGUCCCACGGUGUCGACUCUCGGCUGGCCAAUGCUGAACGGACCAAAAGAGUUCUUCGCAUCAUCAUCGUCGACAGUGCCAAGUCCCACAGUGGAAUUCUCGCAUCCCGGCGUACACCCGGGCGCGGAUAUGGAUCUUGAUGUUGGGUACUCAUUCAGCCUCAGCCAGCAGAUGAACAUGGUCACGGACGUAGUCGGCUGCGGGAGCACGGGUGGCGGCCAGUCUCCCGUACAGUCAACGCCAGCAGACAUGAUGGCGUUCGGUGUCCCCGAGCUCGGGGUUGGAUAUCACUUCGACCCACAUGUGCACUCGCAAGUUGCACUCGACUUCAGCGCGGAGGAGCUCGCAAUCAUGGAUCAAAUUGUUCGACAACAGGGUGGGAACGUCAUGUUCGCGGUUGGGCAGCCCGUCGGAUAGCGCAUGCACAGACUAGUUGGAGGACGGCGGAAGCUUGCGUGUUUAGGCUCGUUGUUUCAUGCAUAUUCAGUUGUUAUGCUGUGAUCUACGUUGUGAGCUUGUAUCCAGUAUCGUCCCCACAUGUCGUGGGAUGUGUCAGUAAUGGUGUACGAUAUCCUUGUUGUAAUGAAACAUCGUUGGAAU